AUGUUGGAUGAGCAAACUAAUUUACUUCUCCAGAUAGAGCUCAACACAAUUUCUUCUUCGUUUCUGGGCUUACUGCCUCUCACGACCAAGAAAAAGACCACGACCAAGAAGAAGUCUGGAGAGAGUUCUUCGUCAACGAAUCCGGUGCCGGCUCUACCUUCGACUGUAGAAGUUGGUGAUUCGAGCAACGAACCGGUCCGAGGUCCCGAGAUACCGGAAUUGUACACAAAAUUUGAUAAGCACAUUGCUUAUCAUAUUGUGAACGGAGGGCCAAAUCGCUCGGAGCGCGGCUCAGAAUUUCGAAUUCGAAAUCACACAGGAACUUUGAAAGGUUGGGAGCCGGCGCCGUUUAUUACAGAGGUAGUACAAAGAUGUGGAUUAAUGUCAGUUGUACAAGCAUCGUACAACACUGUGGACGGCCAUCUACUUAGAGCCUUCAUAGAGAGAUGGCAGCCAGCUACCAACACAUUUCACUUACCUGUCGGAGAGAUGACCAUCACACUUGACGAUGUGAGUACGUUGGUCGGUUUGCCAGUUGUUGGGCGUACCGUAUCUUGCGAGCGUUUGAUCCGUGAUUCCAAAACGAAGCUCAGUAGUUUGAUGUUCGAGUUGCUAGGUGAGUACCCGGACGAUGUAAACAAGAAGAAAGCGGUGAAGUUGGAAUGGUUGAAGGCUAAAUUUAGCAAAGUGACCAUGAGAGAUAGUGCGGAGAAGAGGACAUACGCCAUUCGGGCGUAUUUGUUAUUUUUGCUCGGGUGUACUAUACUGUGCGACAAGACAGGCAACAUGGUAAGCGUGGAGUAUCUAAAUCUUGUAUCUGAUUUGGAUCGGAUCGGCGAGUAUGCUUGGGGCACUGCAUGUCUUUGCCGGUUGUACGAUGAGCUUUCCUCAGCCUCACAAAAAUCAACGAACUCGAUGGCUGGCUGGCUGACGCUCUUUCAGUCAUGGAUUUACGAGCACUUUCCUUAUUUGGCGGGUGGCACAUUGAAGACGGAAUUCGAGGGGCCAUUAGCGAGCCGAUGGGAGCCUCAGUCAAAGACUACUUCAACGCCUGAACGAGCGUCGUACCUGCGAUCUCGAUUAGAUGAUUUGAUCCCCGAUCAGGUCGUAUGGUCACCGUAUACGGCUAUUCGUGAUCGUUUCCCGAUGCCAGAUUCUGCUUGGUUUAGUGGGAUGAUAUGUUGCAUGGACCACUUCGAGGCAUAUCAUCCGGACAGAGUGUUGAGGCAGUUCAACCGGGUGCAAAUCAUUCCAGGUCGUGCAUACAUGUCAAAAGAUAUGUACAAAGCUCUAGUUAGCAAAGGUCGACCGGUCCAGAACUCGAUUUUCGUUGCGUACGGCGAACGAUUCUCUGAUCGGUGGGAGGAGUAUUGUCUGGACGAGGAGUCGAGGUCCGUUGAAGUUGAACUCGGGGAGGCGGACACUUCGCCGGUCGUCCAUGAAUUGGUUCCGACCCAGAUGCAUGUUACAACUGAGUAG